AUGGCAUGCAAAGUCGCCGACGAUUCACAGAACCAAAGGUCGCAUCUAGUGCGUAGCCACGCACAUGAAGAAGAUAUUCCCGGGACUGUAAAUGUCCAAGCCGCCGAGGGGGAUGAUUCCUACUAUGGGCAAGCGCUUUUCCCUGUUCCAGCCGACGACCCCAACGACCCCUUACAGUGGUCAAGAGCAAAAAAGAUUAUGAUAUUGAUCAUCAUAUGCAUCUAUUCGUGCUUAGGAAACUCUGCGCUCUUGGGAACAGGUCCUUACUUGACACUCUGGUCAGAAAUAUUUAAUAUCUCCCCAGGAGAUGCAUCGACACUUAUAUCCUAUCCAAACCUCGCCUAUGGUUUCAGUUCCUUCGUCCUUAUUCCUCUGUAUCUGAAGUUUGGAAGACGACCCGUAAUGCUGGGCUCCUUGUUAGCGUUCAUCGCUGGUCUUGCUGGGUCCUCACAAUCCAACAGUUUUGCUGAAUUGAUGGCCUGGAGAAUUGUCCACUGCUUUGGAGCUGGCAUAUGCGAAGCUCUUCCCGUCCAACUCGUAGCAGACAUAUUCUUCCUGCAUGAGCGUGGAAAAUACAUCGGAUACUACACCUUCGGUAUGUGUUUUGCGGCAGCGGCAACGAUUCCAGCGGCGUACAUGUUACCAACCAAAUAUUCAUGGAGACUCUUCUUCUACGUCGUACUCGCAUUAGCCUGCGCACUAUUCAUCCUUGCCUUCUUUUUCGUCGAAGAAUCGUCCUAUGACAGAGAAGAACAUAUGAAUCGCGCCAUAUCGCCCGAGCGAUCGGACAGGACGAUAUCGAACACCGAAAAGCCCGACGAAGCCAUCGUCGAACAAGCGGCGAGCAUCCCGACCCGGAAAUCGUUCUUGACAACACUUCGCCCGUGGGGCCGGAUCGAUCCCGAAGUCAAAAUUUUUACGUUAAUGUGGCGGUCCUUCACUUAUUUCCUCGUCCCGCAGGUUCUAUGGGUUAUUACUUCCUUUGGAAUUAUCAUAGGCCUAGGUGCACUCGCUUUCAACUAUGUCUUCCCAAUUAAGAUUAUGGCGCCUCCAUACAACUGGCCAGAGUCUAGUUCUGGUAUUCAGUCGCUUGGUGGUGUUCUUGGAUUUCUCUUUGCGGUCCCAUUUACUUCCUCGUCAGAUCGACUUGCGGGGUACUUAACCAGGAAGAAUAAUGGAAUCCGCGAAGCCGAAAUGAGGUUAGGGGUAAUGCUACCCGCCAUGAUUCUAGGGCCUGUCGGAUUAGUGAUCUAUGGGCUUGCUGCCCAGCUGAACCUCCACUGGAUCGCUUAUUUCUUCGGGUCCGGUUUAGCGUCAUUCGGUGGCUAUUUCUACUACAGCUUCACGCUAGCAUAUGCUGUUGAUUCUUAUAACAGCAAUACGUCUGAGAUGCUUAUUGCCAUCAACGUCGGGAAGCAAGCAGUGAGCUUUGGACUAGGCUUCGGAGUUUUGGAUUGGGUCAUGGAAAGUGGUUAUGCUGCAAUUAUCGCUGGCGCCUUCGGUGGAGUGUUCUUCGUGAACAAUCUAGCACUUAUCCUGUUCAUGUUACGGGGGAAGCAGAUUCGGCGCUUUAUGUCGACAUCAUGGCUGGCCAAGCUGCAUGGCAGAAGGUAGAGUCGGCUAUCAGAAGCACGUGCUGACGGGCAAGCGCUAUUUAGG